AUGAUGAUGAAUCCGAAUGAUCAUCAUUACGGGAUGGACGAUGGCGAGUCGUCGCCCGAGAGUUCGAAUGGAGGUGGAGGUGGAGGAGGACAUGGAUAUGGGAAUGGAGAAGGGAGCGCUAGGAAAAAGGUCAAGAUCUCAAGGGCAAAGAUCGCUUGUCUGCCGCAUUGCUUAGAGGCUCAUCUUCAAUGUAAUUGGCCUCCGGCAGAGACACGACCUAAGCGUGGUAGACCGCCCAAGAGACCAUCUUUGGUAGAUACUACAUCGACAGGCAGCAUCCCUUCUUUCGUAGCUGAAGUCAAUGGUCAACAGCAGCAGACACAAGUGGGUGUAGGAGCCGCUGCUCGAAACAGAACCGAUUCAAUGGUUUCUUCCAUUGUCGACUUUGACGGUAGACAAUUGGCAGGAAUCAGUGGAGGAACAGCUUCAACUAAUCAUUCGAACCAUCAUCAACAGCAGCAACAACAACAACAACAGACUCAACAUCUGCCACAAACUCAUACCCAGAAUCACCAUCACCACCAGCAACCACCACCACAACAACAACACACGCCAUAUCCCAAUCUUGAGCAACUCUUUGGCAACUACACAACCACUGAGCCUGGAAGUAGUCAUAUCCCACAUCAACCUCUUCCUUCCACACAGGACAAUGGCAAUAUACCCAAUCGCAUGUCUUCUAUCAAUAGUGGUGCGACCAAUAGCUCGAGACAUCAGCAAAAGAGUCCAGCUAGACCUUCCGCGUGGGAAUUAGGCACGCUCGCUCAACCCGAUCGAGGCGGUACCAACCCUCCUGAAGACUUUAUCAUCCCUGACCAUAGGCCCGUCGAUACUGGCUCUUCGCAGAUUGUCAGGCGAAGGAGAAAAGGAGGUUUUACAGCGUUUGACGAUGGUCUCAAUGCUGAACUCUUGGACAAUGGAGAUCUUUCGGAAGAUAUCGGAUCAACCUUUAUCAAUCAUCCUGUCGAUACGAGAGGAUUGCCACCUGCCACGAUCAUCCAAGAUAUUCUCGAGACCUUUUUUCUCCACUUUGCCUGUCAUUUCCCAUAUCUCCAUCGAGCGGCAUUGCAGAGUAUGAUAGAUCAAGGACACGAGCAAUCAGUCUUUCUUUUCAAUUCUAUAGCGGCACUCGCAGCGAGAUUCUCCAGUCAUCCUGAAAUUGGCCCGCUCCACCUGGCACCACAUCUAUACGGUCAGGUGUUCUACGAUCGAGCAAUGAUGAGCAUCGGGUCACAAAGUGGGACACCCUCCCGAGAGACUGUCACUGCAUUGUUGCUCCUCUCCUUCGCCGCGUUUGGUCUAGGAAGAGAUGUUGACUCGAAAAUGUGGCGAAAAAUGUCCAUCGAAUUGGCUUUAGAGAUGGGUCUGCACCUUGCACCGACAGAAGAGAUCGAAGCUACAGCUUCUUCUGAAGAUCUCCGAUUCGACAGAUUAGUCUUCUGGUCUGUCCUCAUCUUUGACACUGCCAUCAGCUUCCAAGAAGGCAGACCUACGACGAUCGAUCCAUCGGAAGUCACUGUCAGUUUGCCGACUGAAGACGAUGUUCACCCAGCCCAUGAUGAUCAAGAACAAGACCCGGGCGAGAGUCAGCAUUUGAGAUCACCUUUUCCUUAUGUUGCGGAGACCAUGUUUGGAUUGGGCUCCCUGUCCAACUUGUUGAAUUCUGUUCCGAUCGAUGACAAAUUUGGCGAACCGGAAUUCAUGGAUCAAAUGAAAUUGAUCCAACAUAAAAUUGCCCUCUUUUACGAUGAAUUGCCACUGGAUAUGAUUUGGUCAGGUCAAAACCUGCAAUGGCAUUACAGAGCUGGAUCUGGACCUACCUAUCUCUUUUUGCACCUGUACAACUUUACCAUCAAUGCCGUUCGUUUCCUCGUCGACAGGUUCAGAGCUACCAACGAAGAAUUCAAAGCCUCUGGACGACCUCACGAUCCUUCCCCUCAGAAAUACGUCGUACCUGAAAAUUGGUUGCACGGAGCUCGAUUUAUCAGUGAAAUGCUAGUGUUGGCUGACAUUGUGGAUCCCGUCAUUUACCUGGCGAACCCCAUGAUCACGCAUUGUUUCUACAUUGCGGAGAACUGUUUCCUCAAGGAUAUGGAAUCUUACCGUCACGUCCAGUUUACCCCGGACAGCUCUGCCAUGGAUAGACCUAGCGCUACACCUGAGAGCGAUACCGUCGACAAGCCUCCAUCAUUAAAUCAAGCUCAGAAACUGUUCGCUGCUAUUUCGAUGCAAAACAUCAUGAGUCUUAAACAAGGUGUCUCUCGACAGGUCCUAUAUUGGCGAGGUCUGGCGACCGUUCAAAACAGAUUCGAUGAUCGAUUCGGCAAAGCAUCUGUAUCCAACGAGACGUUUGCGAAACUCGCCAAGGUCAUUUCUAAUCCUCGUAACGCUCCUUCUCGCUUGGGUGAAGGUGUCAUGGGCAGUAGAAAACGAGAGAAGAGACAUAAAGGAUUGGCUCCCCUUGGCGGACCUUCAAUCAGUCAAAUGGUGUCAACUUUACCAGUCAUGGACAGUCCAAUGAGAGGAUUUGGGCAGUCUUUCCUUUCGGGCCUGAGUACGGAUCUUCCAUUCGGUCUCAGUGGCGGCUCGACCGACCUCACUUCAGCAUCUUCUUCCUCUCCUACAAACUUCUCCGGCUAUCCAUAUCUCUCUAACAUCAUGGAUAGUCCAAACUACGGAGCGAUCGGUAUGCCUGACGUUCAACAAUUCCUGCAACAGUUGGGAGUGACGUCGACAUGA